AUGGAUGGUCAGCUUGUUAUUGAGCAGGUUGAAGGCACGCUUGCAGGGCCGCUUUCUCUGCGUGGAGUGCGUUAUGAGAAUGAGUCCAUUGCCCUGGAGUUGCAGGAGGCGAAUCUGGACUGGUUGCCCAGUGUGAUUCUUUUUUCAGACGCCCUGGUUCAUGUAGAACACCUUCGCCUGCAGGGGCUGCGGGUGGUUCUGAUCGGUACCGAUGUAGAAAAACCGGACGUGCCACAGCCGGCAUCACCCUUGCCGGAGUCGCUUUCUCUGCCGGUCUCAAUCCGCGUUGAUGAAUUUGAACUGACUCAGGCUGUGAUAUUGCGGAAGGAUCUGACGGCGUCUGACCCCAGCGAACGGGCGCAGUUGGAUCGCGUGGCUGCGAUUGAUCUGGUGUGGGACGAGGCAGGGAUCGAUCUGCCUGAGCUGGAGAUAAAAACACCUGAGAUUGAUCUCCAGGCAAAUGGCAACGUUAAUCCAAAGGGUAACUGGCCACUGCGCCUUGAUGCGGCUUACACAAUCAGCAUGGCAAGUAUGCAGCUGCCGGAUGUGGCCGGGCGCACCCGGGUGAGCGGCACGCUUGCGCAGCUGAAAGUGAACCAGCAGAUUGACGCGCCUUACGCGGUAGAUGCAAGGGCAAACAUCACUGAUGCACUGGCAACACCUCAGUGGCAAGCCAGCGUCAGCGUCAUGGGUGCACAACUCAAGGCGCUACAAGCGGAUCUCCCAGAUGUAUUGCUGGACGCUGAAAUUGCUGCCCAAGGCAAUGCUGCGCGAGCGGGCCUGACAGUUGACAUCAGCGCUGCCCAGACAGCGCUGCGCGUGACGGGAGAUUUGACCUUCGCUGGAACCCUCGACAACAAUCCAACCGUAGAUUUGAGCAUCGACUGGCAGGACCUGGUCUGGCCACUGGGUGCCGGGCAGGUGAACAUUGUCGCCAGUAAAACCGGUCACGCGGAGAUCAGUGGCAAGGUUGAUGACUAUCAGGUGAGCGUCAAAGCAGACAUUCUGCUGCCUGAAUAUCCACAAGGCAGUCUUGAUAUCACUGGCGCCGGCUCAACCACGAUGUUUGCUGUGCAGAAGUUUGAACUGGCGGUGCUGGGUGGUUUGGUCCGCGGUCUGGCACAGGUUGACUGGCAAUCGGGUCUGACAUCCAGUUUCGAUUUAACCGGCACAACCCUCGAUACAGGAGGCAUACUGCCGGACUGGCCCGGACAGCUGAAUUUCUCGGUGCAGGGAGAUGCAUUGCUGCCGUCUGAUGCGUUGCUUCAGGAUGCACGUAUCAACGUGACAGAUCUGGUGCUUGACGGUGUACUGCGAGACAUGCCGGUGAAUGCAGAGAUGAUGGGGUCCUACGCAGAUGCCGAGUUGCUACUGCCGUCGCUUGAAUUCACAACUCUGGAUACCACGCUGCAGGCGAAUGGCACUGUCGCGUUAAGCGAUACGGGACGCACAGACUUUAACUGGCAGUUUUCUCUGGCUGACCUGUCGCUGUGGCAGCAGGAGGCACAAGGGUCAGUGCAGGCAAGUGGACAGCUGGUGGGCAAUCUACGUGAGCCUCGAUUGCAAACGAAAGCUGUUAUGAACGGUAUCCGGCUGCAGGGAUUAAGCCUUCAAAAUGCUGCGAUAUCAGCGGAUCUUGGCCUUGAUCAACUGCCUUUGUCCCUGCAGGUUGUUGUUGACGAUAUAGACGUUGCGCAGACGUCACUGCAGCAGGUGACGCUUAAUCUCGAGGGUAGUCAUGCAGACCACUCUCUGAGGCUGUCUAUGACAAACGAAGCCGGUCAAGCCGAAUUUGCCGCGCUGGGUUCGUUGUCAACGCUGCCGGCGCUGGGUGCUCUGGCGCCGUUAAGCGACUGGCAGGAUGUCAUCUGGCAACUUGCUGUAACCGCACUGAACAUUGGUCAGGGUGAACUUGCUGUUGCGCUCCUGCAGCCAAACGAGGCGCGCGCAUCUACAGCUACGGUAAGUGCCAACUCUUUUGGCUUGGAGAAUACGUGUUUCAGUUUGUUGAAGGGUGAUGUGCAAAGCGCAGAUGCUGACAACCUGCAGCAACUGUGUGCCCAAGCCACCGGUUCUUAUACAGACAAAGUCAGUGGAUUAGUAACGUUGGAUAACCUGUCAAUCAACGUGCUGGAUAGUUUCCUGCCGGAGACGUUGAGUCUGCAGGGGCGUAUCAAGGGUGACCUGUCGGCAGACCUGGAUCUCAGCACAGGUUCUGCGCAAGCGGAUCUGUCUUUAAGCACCAGCGCAGUUGUUUUGCAGAAACUCAACAGUCGCGGUGACCAGCAGACGCUUUUAGCGUUCGCGCCGGGUAAGUUGUCCGGCAAUUUGCUGGAUGACAUUCUGCGGGCGGACAUCAACCUGCCGCGCAAUGGUGAAGAAGGCCUGCAAGCCAAAGUCAGCAUCGCAGCGGAUCAAGGCGAAGGCUUUUCUACCCGGGCACUCGAAGCUGAUAUCGCUGCCAAGCUCAGUGAUCUCGACUGGGUGGCGGAUUUCAUACCUGGUGUCAGUCAGUUAGAUGGGGUGUUCACCAGCAAUCUGCGUAUCAGCGGAACCGUUGCGGCACCGAACCUGACGGGCGACCUGAUAUUAAGUAACACAAAUGCAACCUUACCCGAUCCCGGACUGAGGCUGCGCGAGGUUAACCUCAUUCUACGCGGCGGUGGCGAUAAUGAUCUGACGCUUGAGGGUAAUGCGCUGUCUGGCCGCGGCGAAAUGUCUGUGUCAGGAGAUCUGCGGGACAUCGGCAAGGGUAUGAAUGGCCGGGUGGAUUUAACCGGUAGUCGGUUCCUGCUGCUCAAUACGCCAGAAGCAGAAAUCAUUGCUUCACCAAAGGUGACUGCGCAGCUCACCCAGGGUGCGGUUGAAAUAUCUGGUGACAUCUCAGUUGAUAAAGCUGACAUAGUAUUGAAAAGCCUGCCGCAAACGGCAGCGUCGGUCAGUGACGAUCAGAUCAUCGUCACGCCGGAAUCCGAGGCGGCGGACGUGAGCGAAAAUUUACAGGUCACCACAAAAAUUCGUUUGCUGCUCAAUGAUGCGGUUACUUUUGAAGGCUUUGGUCUGAAGUCUACGUUUACCGGCGCGUUGAAUAUCACUGAUUUACCCGACGAGCCCACAACGGCUCAGGGUGAAGUCAGUGUCGUAGAGGGGCGGUAUCAGGCCUACGGUCAGGAUUUAACUAUCGAGAGGGGCCGCUUGCUGUUUGUUGGUGGUCCUAUUGAUCAACCCGGCCUGGAUGUGCGCGCCGUACGGCAGGCAACACCAGAUGUGAAAGUGGGUGUGAUCGCGCGGGGUAGCCUUCGUGCACCUGAAUUUUCCAUUUUUUCUCAGCCCGCAAUGAGCCAGUCAAAUCAACUGGCGUACCUGAUACUGGGACGCCCCCUCAACGAGGGCACCAGUAGUGAGUCCUCCGCCCUCAGCCGUGCCGCCCUUGCCCUUGGCAUCCAGGGCGGGAAUUAUCUGACGGAACAAUAUGGUGACAAGCUGGGUGUGGACACCAUCGGCAUAGAGGCGCCCGCAGGGGAGACAAACGAACAAGCCUCGCUUGUUGUGGGUAAAUAUCUGUCUCCCAGGCUCUAUGUCAGUUAUGGGAUCGGCAUUCUGGACGCCAUUAAUACACUCAAGAUUGAAUAUAUUCUGUCGAGCAAAUGGUGCCUCGUUUACUGUCUAAGCUUCUGCAGCGUGGUGAUGGUGAUCUUCAUCAUCAACACCUUCUAUAUGGUGGUGUUGGUGCUCAGUUUUGUGGCCGUCGUCGCCGUGAUGAUGCUGGUGUUCGUUGACGUGACCGUCUUCACCAUGAUGAUGCUCGUGUUCUGA